GUUCAACAAAAAAAUUUACCAUGGAAGCAAAAUAUGUUAUAGUUUUCUCAGCUUUAAUCUUUUCUCUCUUCAACCUAGGCGAAACAGCUACUACAGGUAAUUGGAAACUACUGAAGAAAAGUAUUGGUAUUUCAGCAAUGCAUACUCAACUAUUGCCAAAUGAUCGAGUUAUUAUGUUCGAUAGAGUAGAUUUUGGGCAGUCAAAAAUUUCAUUAACUGAAGAAAAAUGUAGUGAACUUGCUACUGUUGGUAACACCGAUUGUACUGCUCACUCGGUCGAAUUAAACCUUUUGGAUCGUAAAGUACGUCCACUUACAGUGCUUUCCGAUACGUGGUGCUCUUCGGGUUCAUUAGCACCUGACGGCAUGCUACUUCAAAGCGGUGGAAACUGGAAUGGUGAACGUGUUGUUCGGAGUAUUCGGCCAUGCGCUAACUGUGACUGGACGGAGGAUCAAAAAGGUUUAGUUGUUCCUCGAUGGUAUGCAUCUAAUCAAAUAUUACCAAAUGGGAAAGUCAUUGUCGUUGGUGGUAGAGGUCAGUUCAAUUACGAGUUCAUCCCUAAGAGCUCAUUGCCAUCAGAUUCCAAAGUCUUUGCACUUCCAUUUCUAUUAGAAACCAGUGAUGCCGUUGAAAACAAUUUAUACCCAUUUACUCAUCUCUUGCCUGAUGGAAACCUCUUCAUCUUUGCAAAUACUAAAUCAAUUUUGUUUGAUUACGUAAACGAUCGAGUCGUCAGGGAUGAUUAUCCAGUCAUGCCAGGUGGAGUUUCACGCAAUUAUCCAAGCACUGGUUCAUCUGUACUUCUUCCCCUGAAACUUGGUCUCAGCAAGACUACUGUUGAUACACCAGAUACUGAGGUCUUCAUCUGUGGAGGGGCACCAUCGAAUUCAUACACCACUGCCAUCAGAGGAACAUUUUUACCAGCUGCCAAAUCAUGCGGACGUUUAAUGAUCACGGCGGCACAACCCCAAUGGCAAAUGGAAGAAAUGCCGAUGGAAAGAGUCAUGGGUGACAUGCUCUUGUUACCAACAGGUGAUGUCUUACUCAUAAACGGUGCGAAGAAAGGCGCUGCUGGUUGGUAUUUAGGUAGGGAACCGGUUCUAAACCCCGUAAUUUACAAACCGGAAUCGAGUAUAUACGAGAUCAUGGAAGCAUCGAAGAUUCCUCGCAUGUAUCAUUCAACUGCAAUUUUGAUUGCUGAUGGUAGAGUACUGGUAGGUGGGAGUAAUCCUAACUCGAAUUACAACUUCACCGAGAUGUUUCCUACUGAACUGAGUGUUGAAGUAUUUUCACCACCAUAUUUGAGUAGCGGUUCUCGACCGCAAAUUAAUUUGGCGAAACUUAAAACUGAAAUAUCUUACAAGGAACCAAUUUCCAUUGGUUUUAUUUCGAAAAUGAAUGAAGUUAUCGAUAAUGUUUCUGUGACCAUGGUUGCACCAUCAUUCAACACACAUUCUUUCUCCAUGAAUCAAAGGAUGCUGGUUUUGAAAAUCAAUCAAGUACGUCAAGUCACCAGCAGUUAUCAUGUCAUUGAUUGUGUUGCUCCGGAAACUCCUAAUAUUGCACCACCCGGCUAUUAUCUUCUCUUUGUGGUGCAAAAUGGGGUUCCUAGUAGGGGAAGCUGGAUGCACAUCAGUUAAUACUGUCAAUUGGUUUUUGUUUUUCAACAUUUAUGCAUUUUAU